AUGGAUUUCGACGACGAUAUGAGCGACCCGGCGUUUGACAUGGACAACGACUCGGAAGACUACUCGCCGGCGCCGAAGGCAAAGGCGCCCGCAAAGAAAGCCGCUGCGACAAAGGCAGCACCAAAGAAACCCACAAAGGCCGCACUGGCAAAGCUGGCGGGGAAGCCGGCCGCGUCAAAGAAGAGAGCGAAACCCACGAGCGACGACGAGGACAAUGCCAGCGACGGUGAUUUCGGCUCCGGCAGCGUUGGCAACCUGUCGCAGACCCCGCCCAGUGCCAGCAAACAGAAGAAGCCUCCCGCAAAAAAGCCCAAGUCGGCCGGCAAGCCGCUCGCGGAGAUUGCCAACGACAGCGUUAGCCACUUUGACGGCGCCGACGAUGCGCCCGCACCGUCGCAGCCCACGUCCAACAAGACUGCGUCGGAGAUGUACCAGAAACUUACACAGCUCGAACACAUUAUCAAGCGUCCCGAUACCUACAUUGGCUCCGUCGAGCAUCUCGAGCAGCCCAUGUGGGUUUUCAACAAAGAGACGACCCAGAUGGAGAAACGCAACGUCUCUUUCGUCCCCGGCCUGUACAAGAUCUUUGACGAGAUUCUCGUCAACGCUGCCGACAACAAGCAGCGCGAUCCUGGCAUGACCAUGCUCAAGGUCACUGUUAGCCGCGAGUCGGGCGAGAUCAGCGUCGAGAACAACGGCAAAGGUAUUGCUGUUGAAAUGCACCAGAAGGAGAAGGUGUACAUUCCCGAGCUGCUGUUCGGCCACCUCCUGACGGGCUCGAACUACGACGACAACGAGAAGAAGACCGUUGGUGGCAGAAACGGUUACGGUGCCAAGCUAUGUAACGUCUUCUCCACCGAUUUCACAAUCGAGUGCCAGGACUCGACCAACGGCAAGCGCUACAAGCAGUCAUGGCACAACAACAUGUCUGUCAUGGACAAGGCGAAGAUCACGUCGAACAAGACCUCCGACUUUGUGCGCGUGACCUUCACGCCCGACUACAAGCGCUUCAACAUGCCUGACGGCAUCGACGAUGACCUGGAGGCCCUCAUCUACCGCCGCGUCUACGACAUGGCUGGUGUCGUGGACGGUGUCAAGGUGUACCUCAACGGCGAGCACCUCAAGGUCGGCUUCAAGAAGUACUGUGACCUGUACGCCAAGGCCAUUGCCAAGGAGCGCGACGAAGAAGUGACGGGUGAGGUGCUGCCCGAUACCGCCACCGUUCAGUUCGAGGACACGAAGCUGCACAGGCGUUGGCAAAUCGGUUUCACCGUGUCCGACGGCACCUUCCAGCAGGUGUCCUUUGUCAACUCCAUUGCCACGACGUCUGGUGGCACACACGUCAACUACAUUGCCGACCAGAUUUGCACUGCUCUGCUGACGGACCUCAACAAGAAGAAGAAGGGCCACUCUCUCAAGCUGAGCCACAUCCGCAACCACAUCUUCAUUUUUGUCAACUGCUUUAUCGACAACCCGGCCUUCAACUCGCAAACGAAGGAGCAGAUGACUACGAAAGUCAGCGCCUUUGGCAGCAAAUGUGUCCUCUCCGACGCCUUUUUGAAGAAGAUCCGCAACUCGGACGCCAUCAACAACAUCAUUCACUUUGCCGAGCGCAAGGCCGACAAGAUGAUGUCCAAGAGCGAUGGCAACAAGCGCUCUCGUAUAAGCAACGACAAGCUUGUUGACGCCAACUUGGCAGGCACAAAGCACGGCCACGAGUGCACGCUCAUUCUCACAGAGGGUGACUCUGCGCGUGGUUUAGCCGUUGCUGGUCGUGCCGUUCUCGAUCCCGACCGCAUCGGUGUGUUCCCGCUCCGCGGUAAGCUGCUCAACGUGCGCGAUGCGUCAAUCGACCAGAUCACCAAGAACAAGGAAAUUCAGAACAUCAAGCAGUUCCUUGGUCUGAAGCACAAGCAGGUCUAUACCGACACCAAGGGUCUCCGCUAUGGUCACCUCAUGAUCAUGGCCGAUCAGGACCACGACGGUAGUCAUAUCAAGGGCUUGCUCAUCAACUUCUUGCAAGUUCAGUUUCCGUCCUUGCUCCUGAUUCCGGAUUUCUUCCAGGAGUUCAUCACGCCCGUUGUCAAAAUUUGGCAAGGCCCCAACCCCAAAAAGCCCACGAAGACCAAGGCCUUCUACACGAUCCCCGAGUACGACGAGUGGAAGGAGAACCAUGCGGCGGAAGUGAAGCGGUGGGACCACAAGUACCUCAAGGGUCUGGGUUCCAGUUCCAACGAGGAUGCCCAGGUGUACUUUACCAACCUCGACGCCCAUCUGAAGGACUUCAAGGUGAUGCAGAGUGACGAGGCGCAGCUUUUCGACCUUGCCUUCUCCAAGAAGAAGGCGGAUGCGCGGAAGGAGUGGCUUGGCAACUUUGUGCCUGGCACGUUCUUGGACCAGUCCACGAAGAGCAUCACGUACACUGAUUUCGUGAACAAAGAGCUCAUUCUCUUCAGCAUGGCGGACAACAUGCGUUCCAUCCCGUCUGUCCUCGACGGCUUCAAGCCUGGCCAGCGCAAGGUCAUCUACACCUGUUUCAAGAAGAACUACGUCAAGGACCAGAAGGUGUUUGAGCUCGCUGGCACGGUCUCCAAGCUGGCCUCGUACCACCACGGCGACCAGUCGCUGCAUCAGACGAUUGUCGGCCUGGCGCAAAACUUUGUCGGCUCCAACAAUGUCAACUGUCUCGAGCCCAGUGGUAACUUUGGUUCUCGUCUUUCUGGCGGCUCUGAUGCUGCCAGCGCUCGUUACAUUUUCACGCGCCUGUCUCCCUUUGCCCGCCGUGUCUUUAGCCCGAUGGAUGAACCUGUCCUGGAGAACAACGUGGAUGAGGGCAGCAUCAUUGAGCCCAAGAACUACGCGCCGAUUGUGCCCAUGGUUCUCAUCAACGGUGCCGACGGCAUUGGUACUGGCUGGAGCACGCAGAUUCCCAAUUACAACCCCGUGGACAUUGUCAACAAUCUGAAGCGCCGCAUGGGCCGCCUUGGUAAUGUGGACGGCGAAGAGGCGCCUUUUGAGCCCAUGGUUCCCUGGUUCCGCGGCUGGAAGGGUACACCUGAGCAGGACCCGACCCAACCCGGCCGGUUCCGCUUCAACGGCAUCGUCUUCCAGGACGACAAGCACCCCAACGAGAUCAAUGUGACGGAGUUGCCCGUCCGCGUCUGGACUGACGACUUCAAGGCCCGACUGGAAGAGGUCAUCCGCGCUGAAAAGUCGCCUUCCUGGAUCAAGGACUACAAGGAAUUCAACGACCACCGCAAUGUGCACUUUAUCAUCCAGAUGGACGACAAGCACAUUCGGAGCGCGCUCGACGAGGGCCUCAUCGAGCGCUUCAAGCUCUCCAAGACCAUCGGUACGACGAACUUGGUCGCGUUCGACACCGAGGGCAAGAUCCGCCGCUACGAGAAGGUCGAGGACAUCAUGGAGGAGUACUACAACUACCGCUUUGGUGUCUACACGCAGCGCAAGGAGCAUUGGCUGCGCGUUUACCACAUGGAGUAUCGGAAGAUCCGCAACCAAUACCGCUUCAUCUCGGAGAUUAUGGAGGGCAAGCUGGUUGUGUCGAAGAAGAAGAAGGCCGUCAUCGUGCAGGAGCUGCGCGAGCGCAAGUACGAGGCCUUCCCCAAGGACAACGGGGACGCCAAGGGGGCCAAGUCCAAGGACGACGAAGACAAUGUCGAGGAAGAGGAAGAGGACGAGGAUGGUGGUUCUGCUCGCGACUAUGACUACCUGCUCUCGAUGGCCAUUUGGUCGUUCACGCAGGAGCGUCUGGAGCGGCUCAAGAAGCAGAUUGAUGGCAAGAAGGAGCAGUAUGACGAACUCAACUCGAAGAGCGAGAAGGAUUUGUGGUGCGCGGAUCUCGACGAGUUCAUCAAGGAGUGGGAGAACCAGCUGUUGCUUGACAGCGAUGUCCAGACCAGCAUCCGCCGCAUGGGCCGCCGUGCGUCCAAGAAGAUUGGUGCUGGCGGUGGCCGUGGCCGCAAGGUCAAGGACGAGGACGACUACGUGGAGAAGAAGCCUGCACGUGCGCCCAAGGUGUCGGCCGCGAUGAAGGCGCUCAAUGCGGCCAAGCCAGUGGAGAAGACGUCCGAGCGGUUUGCGGAGAUGUUCUCGGCGAAGCCCAAGACCAAGCCCGCCAGCCAGAAGCUGGGUGCCGACGGCGCCGAGGACGAUUUCUCCGACGACGACUUUGCUGCCCUGGCCAAGCCCAAGAAGUCCAAGACAGCAGCCGCCCCCAUUGCAGCUGCUGACCGCGUCGUCGACCUGAGCGACGACGACGAAAUGGACGAGGUGAUCCCGACCAUUGCGAGUGCGGUUGCUGGCGGCCGCACCAAACGGGCGGCGGCGACCAAGGCCAAGACGUGGACGCUCGACUCGGAAUCCGACAUGGACGAGGACGACAACGACGACGAGAUGCUUGGCGAUGUCGGGUCCAUGGUCAAGGGCAUCGGCGGUUCCGAGGCAAAGACGUCCGGCUCAUCGGCCAAUGGCCGGCUGAGCCUGUUUGCCAUGUCGCGGCCGGAGACGAGCCAGGGCGACAGCAGUGGUAGCGGUUCCUCGGUGCUGCCCAAGACCGUCCGCGCCAAGCCGUCGACCAAGUCGUUUGACUUUGACAGCCACGACGAUACCAACUACGAGGCCCUUGCCCUGUCGUCGCCGCGCAAGUCCACCAAGGGCGACGACGACAUCAAGUCGGAAGACGACGAUGACGACGACGAUGCGCGGCCGAGCAACGCGACUGCGCUGAGCACAGGAUCGACGCUCGCCAAGAAAGGCCGCGGCCGUCCUGGCGGCGGCGGCGGCGCCAAGGCCAAGGCCAAGGAGGAGCCCAAGACCAAGAGCGCAUCGGCCUCGACGCAGCUGUCGCCGGCGGCCAAGGCGUACGCCACCAAGAAGGCGCAAGCGAGAGCGGCUCUGUUUGACAGCGACGACAGCAUGGACGAUAUGGAGGCGGCCCCUGCCCCGCGCAAGCCUGCGGGCAAGGCCGCCGCGUCCAAGGCAUCAACGGCUGCCAAACCAGCAGCCAAACCGGCCGCCAAGGCAGCCACAAAGGCUGCCCCUAAGCGCUCGGCACGGGCGGCCACAGCCACCAAGAAGAAGCCAGUGUAUGUGGACGAUGACGACGACGAGGACGACGUGAAGGACGAGGACGACGAGUUUGCAAUGGAUUUCGAUUAG